AUGCUAUUGCCUCUUACGCAAAUAGCAAUACAUUUGUCUUGUUGGAGUUUUUUUAAUUUCCAGAAUUUAGAAUAGUAAAAACUGCUAAUUUUAAUAUCCCUUUCCCGAAUAAUAAUGCUAAUAUUUAAACUGAUGGUGAAGCUUAAUGCUUAUUAUAUUUUGUUAUUUAAGAUAGCAAGAAUAAUUUGUAAGCUCAUUCUAUUAGCUUUAAAGACCUAAGUCAUAUUUAAUCUGAUCCACAAUAGAAGAUAGCUCAGAAGUGUUUAGAUAUUGAAAUAGGAUGAUCAAGACCCAAAUGAUAGAGUGAAAGAAAAGAUAGUGUUUUUUUUAAAAGAUACAAAUCUAUAUUUUAUUGAUGUAAUUAUUUAGAUGCAAAGACGUCUAGUUUGGUACACUAUUUAAGAUUUUAGUAUCCAAUCUGUUAGUAGGGGAGUCAUAGCUGGUGUUUCUAGUUCUUUAGAACAAAAAAUAUAUUUAUUUAAAAAAAAUCAAGAAAAUUCUGACAUUUAACUUUUUAAUUUAGAUCUCACUUUACCUGAAAUUUAUUAGAGCAUUAACGCUGUAAAGGAAAUUAAUAUUCUAGAAUGGUAUAAUUUUUUAACUGACUAAGCUUUUGCCUUAUCUGUCUACGAUUUUACUAAGUAAUAGAAUUACAUUUAUUGGGUUUUGGUGAUAUAAGACUAUAAAAUUUAAAAGGUAAAAUACAAGCUACCUAAUUAUUAUUCUUUGAUGCUUUUCUAGACUAUUUAGUCAGAUAAUAAAAAGUGCAUAAACUUUUCAAACAAAAUUUCAUAUGAUAAUGAAGAAUAAUAUAGUAUUCUUUGUCCAAAAUAUAUCCUUUUUAAUAAUGGUUAUCAAUCAGAUCUUAAUGACAGAUAUUCUAUUUUUAUAUAAAGCAAAUCUUCAAUAAUUUUUAUUCAAUAUAGCAAUACUGAUAAAAGUAUAGUGAAUAUAUUUAAAUAAUAAAACAACACAAAUAGUUUGUCUCUGAGCUAAUAUUUAAGCAAUAAUAUUACUUGUAUAUCAAAUCCUAAUUAUGUUUCAUAUAGGAUAAACAUAAAAGAAAAUAAAAAUGAAAAAAUCUUUGAAGUAUUUUGCAAAAUGGAUUAAAGCUCAUAUUAUGUGGUUUAAGCUGGCUUGCUUUAAAAUGAAAUUCCAACAAGUGAUUUGAUGAAAAUUUUUGGGUAUUCUAGCUUAGGAGUAUUUAUAGCUAUUUUAAUAGGAUUCAUAAUCUUAUUAUUGAAAAAAAGAAGAAUUCAAUAGCAAAUCAUAUAAGAUCUCUUCGUAUGCUAACAAGAAAAAAAGAAAUAUGUUUUAAAUCAAGACCAGUUUAAUGAAAAAUAUGAGAUUUUAGAAGAUAAAAGUUUAGGAAGAGGAACAUUUGGUUCUGUGUUUGAAUGUAUAGAAAAACCCAGUAAAAUUGCAUUAAUGUAUAAUAAGAAAUUAAAAGAGCAAAAAAGGGCAGUAAAAAAAAUUAUUAUCAGGAAAGAUAUAGCCUAAGAAUAACUGUAAGAAGUUUAUCUUCUAGAUAGACUUCAAGUAUAUCCAAAUGUUAUUAGAUUAAUCAACUAUUUUUACCUACCUGACAAGUAGCUAUUCAUUAUUUUAGAAUUAGCUUAAUCAAGUCUUGAACAAGAAAUACAGGAAAGGAUUAAAGAAAAAAAGCACUACACCAAGGAUGAAAUAUUAGACUUUUGCAAACAAAUAGGCUUUUUGAUAAGAGACUUGCAUAACAAGCAAGCUAUAACUCAUAGAGAUUUAAAACCUUAGAAUAUCUUGAUAGCGAAUGAUACCUAUAAGCUUUCAGAUUUUGGAGCAGCAAGAUAGUUAAGUUUAGAAGAUUUCUAUAGACAAAAUACACAUGUAGGUUCUCUGAAAUGGAUGUCUCCUGAAAUGCGAGAAGGAGUUGAAUAGAAUAACAUAAUCUAAAAAUAUAAAUUGAACUACUAUUAAUGCGAUGUUUUUAGCUUAGGAUUAAUAUUGAUGAGAAUGGUAACUCUUGAACACAUAGAUGGAGUUAAUACUGAUGAAGAAAUGAAAAAUUUUAAAGUGAAAAGAAUGAUGGAAAAAAGAAAAGAUUUGGGAGCGGAAUUUUUAAAAGUUAUUGAAGACAUGCUUAUCUUUGAUUUAAAAACUAGAAUAGAUAUGUCAGCUUUUAAGGUCAGAAUCGAAGCUAUAAUUAAAGAUAUGCUUAAUGAAACGCAAGAUAUAAAUUGUUUAAUUGAAGAAUAAGAUGAUUAAAAUGUAAUUGUUUAAGGAGGAAGUGGUGUGAGAAACGUCUCUAAAGGAGCAGAGGAAGCUUCAAUAAAUACCAUCAAUAUUUUUCAAAAAAAAUAAAAUUGA